CACCAUUACUCCUUUAAAUAAAUUCCAAAACGCAUGCAUUUGAUCUUCGCAUACCUACAAAAGCUGCGUAUCAAACCUUGUUUUUAUCCAUUCCACCAAACCAAGAUUCAGUUCAAAGCAAACGACACCAUGGGAACUCCAUCCCUGCUCGCCGUUCUGAUCCUCAUCGUCCUCGUCUCCCUCCAACGCGACGCCGCCGCUGCCACCACUCGCGUCCACCACCACCACCCGUUCGGCCGGGAGAAGAUCACCACCCUCCGCUUCUACCUGCACGACACCCUCAGCGGCAAGGACCCGACGGCCGUCCUUGUGGCGCACGGCGCCAACGCCACGUCGAGGCCCGGCGACCCGACGCCCUUCGGCUCCGUGUACGCCACCGACGACGUGCUCACGGAGGGGCCCGAGAGGGCGUCCAGGGUGGUCGGGAGCGCGCAGGGCCUGUACGUGUCCUCGGGGAAGGACGGGCGGCUGUCGCUCGUCAUGGGCAUGGACUUCGAGUUCUCGGACUACAACGGCAGCUCCUUCGUCGUCUUCUCGCGGAACCCGGUCACCAACGACCACAGGGAGCUCGCCGUCGUCGGCGGCCGCGGCAAGUUCCGCAUGGCGCGCGGCUUCGCGGUGCUCCGGACGCACUACCUCGACACCGGCAACGGGGACGCCAUCAUAGAGUACAACGUCACUCUCCUGCACUACUGAUCGAUCUAUAGUGUUCUGUUUGUUCGUUUUGGGUCUCAUUCUUCUGCGGUGCUCGCAUGAUUGAGCUGCCAUUUUAUUUCUCUGUUUGUGUACCGUUUACAGAGGCGAUGUGUAAUCUAUUCCUAUCAUUAAGCAAUCCAUUAAGACCUCGUUGAUUCAGUGUAUCGUAAAAUGGCAGAAAUA